CUUUUUUAAAAAAUAGGAAUGAAAAUGCCUUCUGAAAACUUUGCAAUGGGGGGUUUUCUCUUCUCUCAGAUUACAGUGGGACUGCUUGGCAAUUCCUCGAUACUACUUUAUUAUAUCAUUUUGAUAGCUUCUGGAAAGCAUUUAAUGCCUCGAGAUGUGAUUAUACAGCACAUGACUUUUGCCAACUGCUUGUCUAUCAUGUCAAGGGGUGUUCCACGGGCAAUGUCAGAUUGUGGAUUUGAGAAUUUCCUUGAUGACGUUGGGUGUAAAUUGACAGUGUAUACUUAUCGAAUAGCAAGGGGUAUGUCCCUUUAUGCGAUGUGUCUCUUGAGUUGCUUCCAAGCAAUUACAAUAAACUCUAGCAACUCCAGGUGUAUGAAGCUCAAACACAGAGCCCCCAAGUACGUUGGACCCUUCUGCUCACUUAGCUGGCUUCUGCAUCUGCUUCUGAAUAUCUUGAUACCAGUAAGAAUAUCAGGCCCUAGUUACAGGAAAAAUGAGACUUACCAGAUGGCUUAUGGAUACUGCUCGCUAUUUUCUCCUUACAAUGUGGCAACUGUCCUGUACCUGUCCUUACUGUGCUACUGUGACGGCCUCGGUCUGGGUCUCAUGGCCUGCUCAAGCGUCUCCAUGGUGAGCCUCCUCUACAGACAUAAGAAACAAGUCCGGCAUAUCCACGGUGCUCAGCGCUCUCUGAAAGUCUCACCUGAAGACAGAGCCACCCAAACUAUCCUCAUCCUGCUGUGCACAUUUGUCAUCUCUUACUCAUUCUCUUCCAUUGUGGUCGUCUUUAGGACUUAUUCUAAAUACCCAAUGGUAUGGGGAGUAAGUAUAUGUACAUAUCUAGAAAUAUGCUUUCCCGUAUUUUGCCCCUUUGUUCUCAUCACCAAUAUGAAGCCUAGUUCCAGAGCGUUUUUAUCCUGUUUUGUCAAUUGUCGUGUCCACAAAUGUAGAACCUCGGACAUCUCUUUAUUCUAA